UAAUUGGUUGGGGUGCCUGUGCCCGCAAUGGACCAGGCCAUCACGACUCUCCGGAAGACCACCAACCAUGCAGUGGGGCCACAUGGCCCCCUCCCAGCGUUGACCCGCGUGGCCACGGAGUAAAGUGACGCUGCUAUUCAACCCACUAUUCAGGUGUGCCAAGGAAAAGGAGCCUUUUGCAACAAAAGUGCUCUCCAGUUUCCAUUUACAUACUCCGCUGUCGGCGCCCUUUCUCCCUGCUCUACUGAAGAAGCUUGAUGCUGGACAGUGUGCCCAUUUCUGGUGGACCAUUGAUUCAAGGGAUCCUAUUAGGAACAAAAAAUAUGCCUUGAGACAAACAGAUCUCCAUAUGCAGCAGCACUCUAAUCAGUGCCUUACCAGUUGACUCUUAUUCAGGUUUAAUGAGCUCUGUUAUUUGCGGUUCUCCAUUGGUGAUUGGCUGAUAACUUCUGCUAUCCAUAUUAUAAAGUGGUUUUUAAAAUCAGUUACUUUUCAUCUGCCUAGCUUGGGCGCAGUCUGCUGGAUGUUUGAAGUCUUGAUGGGUUAUCAUCUGAUAAUUCUCUUUCAACAAAUAAAUAAUUAACAUUGAAUCUGGGCAUAAGUCAUUCUCAUGUUAACAGCCUGCAACUUCUUUGGUGAAUUUCUCUCAGCACCUUUGUCUGAUGGCAACCAUACUAGAAUCGUUGGUUGGAUCGUGUGCUAAGAAGUUGCAAGAUGUCAUUUCAGAUGAGGCCAUACUAAUUUUAGGGGUAAAACAAGAGCUCACAGAACUGCAGAGGAGAAUGGAGCAAAUAAGACACUUUUUUAAUGAUGCAGAGCAAAGGAGCACAAAAGAAUCAGCUGUUAACAAUUGGCUUAGUCUGCUAAGAGAUGCCAUGUAUGAUGCUGAUGAUAUUAUUGACUUGGCUAGAUCUAUAGGAAGCAAAUUAUUGCCAGAUCAUUCUUUGUCAUUAUCAAGCAAAACAAAUUCAUGCAUGGGGCUUUCCCUUUUCUCUUGCUUUUCUAAUAUUCAGACACGUCAUGAGGUUGCUGUUAAGAUUCAAAGCCUUAACAAAAGAAUAGACAAUAUUUCAAAGGAUAAAGUAUUUACAUCAUUGACAAGUACACAAUUUACUGAAAAAGUUUCGGCACCGAAACACAAAAAAAGUUCCAGCCUUGUUGAACCCAACCUUGUGGGUAAGGAGGUCACACAUGCUUGCAGAAAACUAGUAGAUUUGCUAUUAGAAGAUAAGGAAAAGAGGUCCUACAAGAUUGCUAUUUGA